UGCUUUAUUUAAGCUGAAUCAUUGCGCAAAUAUUAAUAUUUGCCUCUAGUAUAAAAUUCACUACAUCGGUGCGACGAAGCUUGGUCUGUCAAAAAUGGCAACUGCAGCAGGAGGACACUGUGAGUGUGGGCCUGGGUAUGCUACUCCCUUAGAUGCCAUGAAAGGUCCAAAGGAGACAAUUGUAUACCUGCCAUGUAUCCUCACAAAUACUGGGCUGGACAAAUCCGACUACCUUGCUACUGUUGACGUUGAUCCUCGCUCUGCAACCUACUCAAAGGUUAUCCAUCGUCUGCCAGUACCUUACAAAGGAGACGAAUUACAUCACAGUGGAUGGAAUGCCUGUAGUAGUUGUUUUGGUGACGCAAAGAAGAAGAGGAACCGCCUUAUCAUGCCUUCGUUAAUCUCCGGUCGGAUCUAUAUCUUUGAUGUGGGAGGUAAUCCAAGAGCGCCACAGAUACACCAGAUAAUCGAGCCAGAAGAAGUUGCCAGUAAAACUGGACUUGGCUUUCUUCACACAACGCAUUGUUUGGCUAACGGAGAAGUUAUGAUCAGUUCUCUUGGAACACCUGAUGGCGAGGGUGAAGGUGGCUUUGUCCUUCUGGAUGGAGAGACGUUCGACGUCAAAGGACGGUGGGAGUCUGGUCCCCCUCCACCUCUGGGAUAUGACUUUUGGUACCAGCCCCAUCACAAUGUGAUGAUCAGUACGGAAUGGGGUGUGCCUAAUGCGCUUACUAAGGGAUUUAAAGUGGAGGAUGUUCAGGCGGGCAAAUAUGGAUCACACUUGCACGUGUGGGACUGGACUACAAGGACCAUUCAACAGACCAUAGACUUGGGAGUGGGUACCAUUCCCCUGGAGAUAAGAUUCCUACACGAUCCUCGACAGCCGCAGGGAUUCACGGGAUGUGCGUUGAGCAGUUCCAUCGUCAGGUUUUUCAAAAAUCAGGAUGACACUUGGAGUGCUGAAACAGUAGUUAAAGUGCCAAACAAGAAGGUUGAAGGGUGGGCUCUACCAGAAAUGCCAGGACUGAUAACUGACAUCCUUCUUUCGUUGGAUGAUAAGUUCCUGUAUUUCAGCAACUGGCUUCAUGGAGACAUAAGACAGUAUGACAUCACAAACCCCGAGCACCCAAAGCUUGCUGGGCAGCUGUUUAUUGGUGGAAGUAUUGUUAAAGACGGUCCAGUGAAGGUGAUAGAGGAUUCUGAACUGAGUGGACAGCCUGAGCCGUGUUACGUGAAGGGAAAACGAGUUCAAGGGGGACCGCAGAUGAUCCAGCUGAGUUUGGAUGGAAAGCGGCUUUACGUUACUACAUCACUAUACAGUGUGUGGGACAAUCAGUUCUACCCUGACCUGGUCAAGAAAGGUUCCAUGUUACUGCAAAUCGACGUUGAUUCGGUGAAUGGCGGACUCAAGUUGAAUCCUGAUUUCUGUGUGGAUUUUGGAGAAGAGCCAUAUGGCCCAGCUCUCGCUCAUGAAGUGCGUUAUCCGGGGGGAGAUUGCUCCUCUGAUAUAUGGCUGAGUGAAAGCAGAUCUGCAAAGUUGUAGGCUCAGCCUUGGAAAAUCCUGGGAUCAUAAGUUUGUAACUUGUACCCGAUUGUUUCUGGAAACCGUAAUAUAUUUGAAUGUUAGGACAAAAAAAUAAGUCGUUCACUGGAUCUAAAAAUGUUAAAGUCGAAUAAGUUAAUGUAGAGGGCAGAUCUAAACUGCGCAAUAAUGUUAAAGUUCACAUUUAUUCCUCAGUGAAGGUGCACUUUUUAAGAAAUUGCAAUAAUUUUACUCACAAUGUAAGAGCAUUUUGUUUUUGUUGUGAACCCAACACGUGCCCAGCUCAGACGAGAUUUGUUUCUUGAAAUUAGGCAACGCUUCCCUUACAAAAGUCUGAAAAUUACUUUAGUCUUCCCAAGAGAAUAUAUACCCUUGGUUAUCUAUAAAGUCCUUUGGCGCGUCGUUGUCCUUUGUUCUGUAAUUUGCUUAGUUUUCAAAUCUUUUCUCCCACAAUAGACUUAGUGCUUUUCGUAUGGAAUUAAGGUUACUUCCUACCUUCAGAGGCCGAAAAAAUCGUUUUUUUUUUCUUUGGACUAGAUUGAAGUUAGACAU